CCCGAGGUGGGGAGGGGGGCGUGCGAGUGGAAGUGUGCCGCAGUGAGGAUAAUCUGAUAAGCUUAUCCUCCUCGUUCACCGCCAUCCAGGAUGGCACCGCUGGGGGGAAGGUGGACGGAGGAGGGGAUGCCGAGCACCCUGAGCCCGGCUCUUUCUGCAUCUGCGUGCACGCACAGCAUGUUUGUUAUGAUUGCAGGUGCAACGGCCUCCCUUGAACGCAUCAUUGCGGCAGCAACGCGCGCGCAGAGGUGAAGUUGCACGGACAAUUUUGGGAGGAGAUGCUGUGGAUGCUAAACACCCCCAAGGCCGAACAUUGGGAACUGCCGAAGUGCGUCACAGCGUGCUGUGUGCUGCAGGUAAGCCAGCCGACCCGCCCCGGGAGGACCGCCGCUCAUCCCCCGCACACGAUGCCGCCUGUCGGGGCCAGCGACUAACCCGAGCACCCGGGAUGGAAGCGGCGGAGGAUUCGAGCAAAGCCCCGCCGCUCCUCGGAUCGUCGUUUUGCUCAGCACCGGAUUUGGACUCCGACAUCAACGCUAACGCCUUCAGGCCCAUCUAUGAGAACGGAGCGGAUGACAACGUCAACAUCCAGAUCACAGCCCUGCGAGGGGCCAGCGACCCCAGCGCCUACCCAUCCGCGGACUACCGCGGGCUGGUCCGCCAGAGGUUCAUUCGGCGGAGUUUGUGGGUGUCCGACUCCGACGAGCAUGCCGCGGACACGGCGGAGUGUGUGCACGGCACCCCGGCGCUCAACAUCGACCUGCGCUCCAUCGUGGGCCGGACUCGAAGUCGCGCUCUGCAUGCGAGCCGCCUACUGGACGACUCGAGGCCGGAGGCGGAAGUCACGGACGGCGGCCCCGGGAGCACGGGAUCCCGCCAGGAGGAGAAAGGUGACACGCUCGGAAGCGAGGUCAAGGAAGAGGGCGUGUCCUGUGACGUCACAGGCAAGGCAGGAAGUGAUGAGAACGAAGAGGAGCCGGGAAUGAAGGCUGUGUCCACCUCACCUGGGGGCCGCUUCCUCAAGUUUGACAUCGAACUGGGCAGAGGCUCCUUCAAGACGGUCUACAAGGGUCUGGACACCGACACCUGGGUGGAGGUGGCGUGGUGCGAACUCCAGGAGCGUAAACUGUCCAAAGUGGAGAGGCAGCGGUUCAAGGAGGAGGCGGAGAUGUUGAAAGCUCUUCAGCAUCCCAACAUCGUGAGAUUUUAUGACUUCUGGGAGUCGCCACUAAAAGGCAAGAAGUGCAUUGUUCUGGUGACGGAGCUCAUGACUUCAGGGACGCUAAAAACGUAUUUGAAGCGCUUCAAGGUGAUGAAGCCUAAGGUUCUUAGGAGUUGGUGCAGACAGAUCCUGAAGGGCCUUCACUUCCUGCACACCAGGACCCCGCCGAUUAUCCACAGAGACCUCAAAUGCGACAACAUCUUCAUCACGGGCCCGACGGGAUCCGUCAAGAUUGGAGAUCUGGGCUUGGCGACUCUCAAGAGGGCUUCCUUUGCCAAAAGUGUUAUUGGUACACCAGAGUUCAUGGCACCCGAGAUGUAUGAAGAGCACUACGAUGAGGCCGUGGAUGUCUACGCUUUCGGAAUGUGUAUGUUGGAGAUGGCAACGUCGGAAUAUCCGUACUCGGAGUGUCAGAACGCCGCUCAAAUCUACCGCAAAGUCACCAGCGGUGUAAAACCCGCCAGCUACAGCAAAGUAAGCGACCCGGAGGUGAAGGAGAUCAUUGGGGAGUGCAUCUGUCACAGAUGGGAGGAAAGGUACUCCAUCAAGGACCUUCUCAACCACGCCUUCUUCGCAGAGGACACCGGCGUCAGGGUGGAGCUCAAUGAAGAAGACCAUGGCAAAAAAUCCUCCAUCGCUUUAAAGCUGUGGGUGGAGGAACCCAAAAAGCUGAAAGGGAAGUACAAGGACACGGGGGCUAUCGAGUUCACCUUUGACCUGGUGAACGAGGUACCAGAGGUUGUGGCGCAGGAGAUGGUGGAGUCUGGGUUCUUCCUGGACUGCGACGUCAAGAUCGUUGGCAAGUCCAUCCGGGACCGCGUGGCUCUGAUCAAAUGGAGGAGAGAGCGCCUCGUCACAUCAGGAAACGGCGAAGCAUCCGCCAAGAAGACGCAACAGAACCUCCUGCAGGUCCCCGGGGCCGCUAGACCACAGGGGACCACGUUUGCGUCGGCCGACUAUGAAGACCAGGACACGGAGCAGCAGACUUUGAUUUGCACCGUCCCGGUCACCACGUCCACUACAUCCGACAGCGGGCUCAGCGCCACCAUGCAAUCGGAUGAUCUCAGCAAACAGCAAAAUGGCUACCAGUCCCUGCCUGAGCCCGUCUGCACCGUUCAGGCGGUCUACAGCCCCCCAGAGCACGAGUACCCACGAGAACCCGCACAAUUACAGGAGGGAACCUACCAGCAAAGCCCGGCCCAGCUGCACCAUGGGACCUACCAGCAACACCCGGGGCCAGACCGGUCUCAAACAAGUCUUUCUGCUCUAACGGCGCCGGCCCCUCCUGCACAGCAGACUAGACCCGCAACCACAGCUCAGACCUUCCCUGCUGCACCACCCGUCCUGCACCCGCAGCUCAGUGCCCAGACUGGCCAGGACCAGCGCUUCCCUGCCGAGCAGCCUGCAAGCCACCUUAGUCCUCCUGACUCAUCUAACACCUUCACCCAGUCUGGCGCCAACACAGCCUCUCCUCUGCUGCCUCUUCACGUUACACCUGCACAGGUGAGCGCUGGGAAGGUGCAGACUCCGACUCCACGGGUGAAUUUAGGAGAUGUUCCGCUUUUGGCUCCCAUUCAACCUGUCCUACCUGCCAUUCGCUUGGCUGACUUGGGAAAUGGAGCAGAUGGAGAAACUCCUGCAGCCGACGCCGACUUAAGUGGAGCCCCCUUGUUGCACGCCUCGGCACCGCUCUCAGCUCCUGCGGAUAAAGAAACCCAGACUCCGGCACAAACGGUGGCUUUAACCCGGACAAAAAGUCCAGCGUCAGGACAAGUGCCGGCUCAAUCAGCAACUUCGAUUCCAGUCGAUUCGGCAUCUUCUGCAUCACCCAAAAUCUCAGACCCUUCUUCUACCGUAGGACUAACCCAGCUCUCUGGACCGGGCUCAGCCGUGCUGCCAACUCAGCAUGCUGGUCCUGGUCCCACUCUCACCCCUGUUCCUGUUCCUACCCCAGCUCCUGGUACGACUCCUCCUGUUUCUAGUCCAGCUCCUGCUCCUGUUUCUCCUCCAGCCCCUGUUCCUGCUCUUGCCCCGGCUCCAGUUCUGCCACCCGCUGGCAUCCACACACCCAUCUCAGGGGCUCCUGAAUGUGGAAGCCAUCCUCCAUCAUGGCAGAAAAAGGAAACUUCACAGCAGGAUCCCUGCACGGAGGAAGUGUUCCAGGAAGCAGCGGUGUGGUCGGCCAGCUACGCAUAUGACAGCCCCUACUGUGAUGUCGCAUCCGGCAAGGAAGCCAGCGACGGCUACGACAGCUUGACCAGCGCAGGGAAAGGGGAAGGAAAACACAGGAAGCACCAUCGCAAGUCCGCUCGCACGCGCUCUCGGCAAGAAAAGACCAGCAAACCCAAACUGAGCAUGCUCAAUGUGUGCAACACAGGCGACAAGAUGGUUGAAUGCCAACUGGAGACACACAAUCACAAGAUGGUGACGUUUAAAUUUGAUCUGGAUGGAGAUGCUCCUGAGGAAAUUGCCACAUACAUGGUCGACAACGGCUUUAUCCUUCCCUUGGAGAAAGAGAUCUUCAUCGAUCAGCUGAAGGACAUUGUGGAUAAAGCGGAGGACAUGUUAAAUGACGACACGGAGGGAGAGAGGGUGUCUACUUUGAGUUGUAGUCCAAAGCGAGGCCAGACUUCUGAUGGAUACGUAGGAGAGAGUCCGCAGUCAGGAGCAUCCCAGCCUGUCUACCAGCAAAAUGUUCUUCAUACAGGAAAGAGAUGGUUCAUAAUCUGCCCCGUGGAAGAGACACCUCUAUCCAGCCAGGAGAACACGUCUGAGGGCACAGCGUCACAGUCUCCUGGAAGUUCAGCCACCACGCAGCCUGCCGGCGCUGCCAGACCUUCUACAUCACGAGCUGAAGAAGGCUCCUCCUCUACAAUGUCUGGUGGGAGCGGAGGCUUCAUGCAGGACGUGUAUGGAUUCUGUAGUCCACCGAUUACGUCCAACACGGACCCUCUCCUCUUGGCCACUCUGUCUCCACCUGUGUCUGCCCCCCCCGCCCUGCAGUCGGUACCAUCGAUGGAAGCCAUCAGCAGUGUGCAUCAAGCCCAGCCCGCCAGAGCUCAAACGUUGCCGCCAUCAUCUCCACAAAGCGUUUUUCAAACAGACGAACCGCACGGAUCCCCCGUAGGCGCCGCCUCGCCCGGUCAAUCUACUUUGCACGCGGCGGACAUCUCCUGUGCCGUUUCCGUGGCGGACGAAGUACCCUGCUGUCCUCUGGUCAUGGCCCUGUCCCUGGAUGUGAGCAACUCGCCCAGCGGGUCCCCUCUCACUCCUCUUCCGCUGCAGGAACCCGCUUCGGCUAAAGAGUCGCUGUCUCUCUCGUACGCCGCCGCCACACGUGGCGAGCGCUCACAGCAGCCUGUAGUGCUCCACCAGCCUUUCUCCUGCGUGGGAGGGGCCAAAGUGUCGUCACUGCCCCAGAGUCCGGCACCAACGCAGCACGGAGGAGGACCCGGCGAGUCAGACGGUGAAGGACGCCUGGCCCGUGGAGGCUUUGUGGACAGCACCAUCAAAACUCUAGACGAGAAACUGAGGAACUUGCUCUACCAGGAGUACGCUCCCAUGUACCCGUCGGGUAGCGCUGCAGAGACACCAGGAUCUGGCACAGAGUACAUCCAGUCUCCCCCUGGUCCGGACAGUGCUGCUGGAGGCUCGGGAAACAGUACACCAGGGCCCAUGGAGGAGGCCCGCUUCAGAGCAGGAGAACAACUGCCUCAAAUCCCAGAGAGAAUGGAUAGUUUGAGUACUCUGAGCGACUCGGCCGUGUGUGCUUCCCGUUCUAAAAGGCACGUUUCUCACUCCGUCUCCUGCUCUGGGCCAAGAGGCCGAUUUAAGAUGAUGUCGGUUCCUCCCGAUGUGGCCAACAAGCGAGACGUGAAGCAGAGGAGCUGGAGCAGCGUCGCCUCGCCAGCGCACCCCGCAUGCUUCGAUGUUCCCAUGGAGACCAUGACUCCCUCCACCACCAUCGGCCGCUUCUCGGUGGUCAGCGCCGAGGACGACCAGACGCAGCGAACACGUAGCAGUCGCUACUCCGCCCCUCCUGACUUCUACUUGGACACGCCUCCGUCUGCAACCAACCAGAGCUCCUUGCCUCACGGCAUCACCUCGGCCUCCGUGCCCGCCGACAUCACAAUCCACGCCCGCUUCCUCUCCUCCGACUCGGGGGCUGAGAGCAGCCCUGCUAAGGCGGCCCCACCCGCCCUAAGUCAGCACAUUCGCUCUGAGCGCAGAGGAAGCGACCUGAUGAAGAGGGCGGUGGCCUUCCUCAGACGUUCAGGGCGCAGCAGCAGCGUGCAGAGCUCAGAUUCUCCGAGCAGGCACGGAGGCGUGGCCGGCUCCGCCUACGCCAGCAGUGAUAAUGACUCGGAAAUGGAGGACUCGGACAUGAAGAGAGAAUUACAGAGACUCAGGGAGAAGCACCUGAGGGAGAUCUCGGAGCUGCAGGCCCACCAGCGAGGAGAAGUGGAGCUGCUGUAUCGCCGUCUGGGCAAACCCCCUCCCUCGGGGCUGACGUACUCGCACGCCGCGCCUCCUGCAGGCCGCCGAAAAAGAUCCGGCAGGCACAGACUGAAACCCGGCAAACUCCUCAGUCCUCUGGUGCAGCAGUUUCGACACGUGACGAAUAAAAGCGGCGACUCCAGCAGAAGCGGUGAGCAUCGGUUGAGCGUGGUUGACAAACUUUCCGUCCUGAUGUGUCCCGUAUUUGCAUCAGCUGCUCCGGGAACCGGGGAGACGACCGUCAGUUUAAACGGAUCUCCGGCCAGGGGAACCAUAGCCACCCCGGGACCCGUACACACUCAGCAGCCCUGCUCCCUUAAAGGCUCCUUGUCAUCAGAUGACAUUUACGCUGGACUCUAUGCAGACUCCACCGGUGCACAAGCCCCACCAGGACAAGGCUGGUCUAAUCCCCCUCAAGCAUCAGACCGAGUCACCUAUAAAUCCUCUAGCAAGCCCAGAGCUAGAUUCCUCAGUGGGCCUGUGCCUUUAUCUAUCUGGACGACGCUGAAGCGACUGUGUCUUGGCAAAGAGCGAGGGAACAGGUUCGGUGCCGGUUCAGGGGCGGUUAAUCCAUCCCAGCAGCCGCCCACCGGUGCCACACCGCCUCCUCACCAGCCGGUGAUGGGCCUGGCGCAGGCUCAAGCCAACAACAGCAACAACAAGACGGGAGGCUACGCCGCCAUAUCUGGGAGCGCCGCUGAUAUCAACCUGUCUGAAGAUCUGCAAAGACUGAUGGACCACUGGGCCCAGGAGCUUCUAAUCGUCACUCACAGGCCGCGCACCAACUCCCUGCGCCUUGGUGGGGAGCAGCUUGUGGGGCAGAUGCUCCCCCCAACUCCUCAGCAAGCUGCAAGUACCUCAGAGGUGUCCUCAUGGAUGAGCCCAGGCGUGGAGAGCGGCCACCCUGCCCUGUCAUGGCCCGAGAUCAACGCCACAAGCAACAUAGACGCCACGGGAACCGACACUCCUCUUUCUCUCGGCCAAUCACCUCAUUCGACCCUCGCCCUCUCCGCCUUUCCUGCUACGCCUUCAGCCCCGGAUGCUCCAGCUCCCAUCCCAAGGGCGGCACAUCAAGACCCCAAAGCAAGAACUCUCUAAUCUGAAGUAGCAGCGUCUUCCAAAAAACAGCAUUAUAAUCCACGUGCAAAUAUUGUAUAUAAUCCUUCUCAUCAUUUGCAUACCUCCUGCUCAUGUGCAGUACUAUGAUCGUUUUCUAAAUGAUGACUGAAGCAAAAUCUUUGCAAUGUUGGCCACCAUCCACAAUCCUGAUGUGGGACAUGAACACACGUCUCUCUUCUGGACCUUCUAAAGAUAUAAAAAGAGGCAGCUAACAAUGCACGUCAUUGGACACACCUAUUCCACCUUCAAAAAGCCAACAAGACUCAAUUUCCAUCAUGUGAUCUGCAUAUGAAGCACAUUGUUCUUAUUGUAUUAUUACGCCUAAGAACUACAUUACUGGAGUAGUGACACCUAGCUACUAGGAGGCUAGCGACUAGCUUGAGCACACACUGGCUCCCAAUGCCUUACGCCACUAGCUAAAGGUAAUGCUACAUAUUGGAGCUGUUUUUUGUUUUGGAAGCUAGGUGUAGCUAUGUGAAAUCAAUGUACCCAAGAAGGAAGUAGUACUAAAAUACUACAAGUAUAACAUGUUAUCAUCAAUGUAACUGUUACUGCAUGCUCACAGCAUGGAUAGAAAACAUUACUGGAGCUUUUUGUAUAGGUGUGUCCCAUGACGUGCAUUAAUCACUGACAUGUUUAUGUUUACCUGUUUUUAUAUCUUUAUAACACACAGAGAAGACAAAGAUAUGUGUUCAUGUCUGUGGAUGAUGGACUAAAUUGCAAUCAAAGGUGAAUGGAGGCGUGACGUACAGUAAGCAGAGAUGCUCUGCGUUCCUGGCGUUGCCUCGUAUUGUACAGUAUCUACAGUAGGAAAUAUUGUGUACAUACAGGAGCUUAUGGGUUUGUAUGCAGUCUGCAGCAAACCUCUCGAUCAGCGUCAUGGCGACACUGUGAAGACGUGGUCCCGAGGACGCUAUCUCUCUCUUUCUCCGGCAGAAGUUAGGGGUUCUUAUCUUUUUUUUUUUUUUUUCCAUCGAUGAAAUGCUUCCAUCCCAGGAGUAUUCUUAAGAGAUGUGAAUGAACUUGAUCUUCAGGUGGGAAUCACCUGUCAGUGUGUGCCUUGUAUUGCACUUUUUGGAGAUGAGCAUUUAGGGUGGAGAGCAACUUAUUGUCAGCGUGUAUAUCCGUCCAUCAUGCCCUUACAAUCAUUUCAUGACCUUCUGGCAGGGUAUCAAAGUAACUAAGGGUGUCCAAAGAUCUUACCUGAUGAAAAGGUCUGAAGAUUUGUCUGUGUGGUGGGCAAGUGGAUCAUCAAUAUAUUGGCGUGUGUGUGUGAAUGUCUGACAAGAACAGGGUUCACCUUUGCAUUUUUUUUCCAUAGAACAACGGCAGGAACGGAGUAAGCUCUUCUGUCAGUCAUACAGUGUCCACGGGUGGAGGCGGGGCUGGUAUUAUACACACACAAUGUGUAACUUAGUAAAAAUUAUAUUAGCAGAUUGGCAUAGAUUGUCAUUGAAAGGAAUCUUGUCUCAUCUUAUUCAUCAUGCCUAUGAAGUAUAAACCUUUUUUUAGUAAAAUAAAGCAAAAUCGAGUAAGAUGUCCAGAUGAUCUUCAUAAAUAACCUUAAAGGCGGUAAGAGACCCUCGUUCGCCAAUGUGAAUAAAGUGAUGAUAGAAUAGAUGCUGUAAGCCAAAAGCCCAGUUUGGGGUGGAGGCCGGCACGCACCCAUGAUGGUGGAAGAACGCCAGCCGGAAAGGAGCCCUCCUCCCACGUGUAGCUUCACGGCUCGCUGCCUCGGAUUGGCUGCUGAUGGUUUUCUUAGGCAGAGCCGGAAUGUGAAUUAUUAUUCCUCAUGGCUUGUAAGCAUGCCUUAUGAUUUGGAUUUGAUGAAGAUGCUUCAAUGGAAGCUUUCCUAUAAGCCCACAUUUGAAUUAUUAGUUAAAGUUAAAGGUCCUUCAUGCAUUGUUUUUCCCACGAUAGCGUGUUAGCCUGGAUGCUAACAGAAUUUUGACCACUGUGCUUUUACUCAUAUGGAAUGCUAUUGUGUGCUUGAUCCCGUCCUACGUAAUGUAUCUCAUACAACAACAAAACAUUAAGCAGUGGGUGCUAAUGUUAGCGGCACUAGCAUAGCUAAAGCGCUAACAUUACACUCACCUCGCGGCUGAAGGAAAACAACAUGGUCCAACUUCGAGCUACCACGUUUGUAGAUGGUUAGCAAAGCUCCAGACUGCUUUUUAAGAUGUGUAGUGAAGCCUGCUUGAGAGGGAGAGAAAGAGGGAGAUUUGUUAGAACGUCAUUAGCGGCCCGCAGAUCCGUUUUUGGCAGAGGUGGCACAUUGUACAAAUCAAAUAAAUGAAUUAGCUUUACGACAUGGCGUCAGAAAAGUUAGCCAAGCUACCAGUCGAAACUGGCUAGCAGCAUCAAUAUUGCAUAGCAUUCCAUGAAUGGACCUCAACGCAAAAGGUACAAAAAACAGAAUUUGGUACAAAAAAAUUUAAGAGAUUUCAUAAACAUUGACCGACAUUUGAUUGCUUUCAGCCUCUUUAAUGUAUGCAUGGAUGUAUGUUAUGUCAUCUAUCAACUUUCCUACAUGUGACCCUUGCUGGAAAAGCUUGGACCCCCCCAGAAAGUGUGACUCACGUCUGUAUUUGUACUGUAUCAACAUGGUAUCUGAUGAUAUAGUGUAUGAAUGGAUUUCCAUCAUUCCAUCUUUUGUCUUUUCUUCUGUAAAUCAACCCCCCCCCCCCCCAUCACCCCUCUUGCUUGUAAUCUACCCUAGCAAUGCUUGGCCUGCUGACAAACAGCACCAUAGUACAGUAUAGAUAUAUACUGUAUAGAUAUACUUGAGGAGAGAAAGACAAUAAAUGACAGCAUAAUGGUAGUAAUAACGUAGGUGUUUGUUUUAUUGCAAAGCCAACAAAGUGCAAAGUGCAGAUUGGGCGGGCUUGAACGGGAAUACGCUUGGUCCUCUGAUGGCCUUUCAUGAUGGCACCAAUGGAACAGUGGGG